UGAUGGUGGGAAAGUCACAGGUAGUGUCUUCACGUUGGUUUAGAAGCCUGGACUAUUUCUACAGUAAGGAAACAUUUGCGCUUUUAUUUGUGCCGUAUAUUUGCUUAUUUAAGGACCAUUGUUGGUAUUACGUCGGUCUGAGAGGGGAAGAACGAUCCUAAACUUGAUUUAUUAAAUUGAUCUAUCAGGGGGUCAGUGCUGAAAAUAGUUUACAUCUGUAUUGUUGCAUCGCUGAUGAGAAAUACAUGUUUUCGGGAGAUGAGGACAACCCCGACAAGGCGCCAGCUAUGCGGUGUGGUGGAGUGCGCUGUGGUGUGGUGGUGUUUCACCAGAACGAUGAUCUCUCUGAUCUCCAACACAUGGGAACUAGGAGACAUCCAACCCUGCUCUGGAUAUCCCUGCUGGUCCUUCUUCUCCAAGUAGCCAGAGGAGAUGCCUCUUUAGAAACAAUCUCGGGGCUCAUGUCUAAUGCAUCCUCGACCCCACCCCUCACAUCCCUCACAACCCCUCACCCAUCACCACUGCACACUGCCUCAUCCAACAUGACUAAUGAACCAAUGACAUCCACCAUGCCAUCUCCAUCCACUAUUCUGCACUCGACUUCGCCCAUCAUAACGUCCACUACCAACAUGACCUCUAAAAAUGCCACAUCUCCAGGACCCUCCACUCCUUUGCCAAUAACAGUCACCUCUAAUGCCACUACAGAGUCAGCAGAGGUGCAUUGUAACUUCUCACAGCUCUGUGCCAAUCAGUCUGUGUACUACUGGAUGGUCCUUGCGGUGGAUGUGACUGGAGAUCUGAAGAAUGAAUCAGACAUCAGUGGCUGGUUCAGGGCUCUAUUUCAUUCUCUCUUGGACUCCUGUGAGCCCUCCAACUCUGAACAAGCAAAUGGCACAAAUUCGACUGACACACUGCCAACUACUUCUGUCAGUCCAACAUAUCCCACCCCCUACAACAUGACAACAUGGUUAUACAACUUCACCACAACUACACUAUCCCAGAACUUCACCAACUUCACCACGACAACACCAUCCCAGAACUUCACCAACUUCACCACGACAACACCAUCCCAGAACUUCACCAACUUCACCACGACAACACCAUCCCAGAACUUCACCAACUUCACCACGACAACACCAUCCCAGAACUUCACCAACUUCACCACGACAACACUAUCCCAGGGCUUCAUCAACUUCAACAUGACAACACCAUCCCAGAACAUUACCAACUUCAACAUGACAACCUUGACAACUAACAUGACAACUUUGCUUUACAAUAGUACUCCCCCACACAACCGUAGCAUGUCCGCCCCACCCUACAACCAUAGCAUGACAACUCUGUCUUCCAGCUGGCCCCAGAGCACCACAAGUGAGGAGCGUGAAGGUGGCAAUAUGACUGCUGCCAGCCUGUUUCAAGACAUUGAGGUGACGUGUGUCAAUAAAACAGGGAUCAGGAGGACUAACUGCACUGUGCUGCUGAGGACGAGGAAGCCAAUGUUUCCCUGUUGUUUACAGAGAGCCCUGUGGCUGGGUCAGGAGAACAGCUCCAUACAAACCCAUAUAGUGGGAAAUAGAGUGGAGAGAGUGGGUAAGGGUCUGUGUGCAGGCCAAUUGCCUCCAAGUAAUGGUUUUGCAAAGUGCACCGGCUUCCUGAAUGGCACUCUCCCUCUUCCAAACACGUGUCAAACUCCAGGGCCUGUCAAUAUCUCAUGUGGACAUGCAGGGACUGUUUACGUACCACUUGGAAAUCAAACCCAAAUGGACUGUGGUAUGCCCCCUAAACCUCCCAUCGAUUCUGAGAUUGUCUGCAACUGCUCCUCUUACUGCUAUGGUACAGGUAAAUACAAUAUUUACAACUACUCCUCUUACUGCUAUGGUACAGGUAAAUACAAUAUUUACAACUACUCCUCUUACUGCUAUGGUACAGGUAAAUACAAUAUUUACAACUGCUCCUCUUACUGCUAUGGUACAGCUGCAUACUAUACCUUGGGCAUACAGAUCAAAGAUUCCACUAUGAAUAUUUCAAAAAUCUUCUAUAUGAUUGAUCAGCUAAAAACUCCUCCACCCUGCAACAACACCUCAGAGACACAUCCUCCCUGUCCCUUGCCCAUCAUAUCAACUAUCUACCAGGAUGCUCAUGUGGAAUGCAAUGGCGCAAAUACCAAUCUCCAAAGCUGCAGGGUUAUCGUGCGCCUCAACCGUUCGGUGCCUAUAUGUGCAGUCAGUACUGCAUUGAUGACUGUGUUCAAUGACAAGCAUGGUAUUGGCUAUAAUGGAACGGUGACCCGAGCAGCCAUUUGUGGCUACCCAGGAUCCAGUGGCGGUCUAUUGAAUUCAACCUUCACUUGGGAGAGUAUCAACCUCAACACCACUUUGUUCUGUGAGGCUGAAAAGACCACUGUCAUUGUCAGCUGCAAACAAGGGAAAAAUGUGUGUGUGCUCCUGAAUGAAAUGUGCGACCCCAUGCCUCCUUCUACAUCGCCCAGCCCAAUGGCUAACACCACUUUACCUGCAACAACAAUACUGCCUCCUACACCCAAUGUCACUAUACACCUAAACACCCCCUACGUCCCAUUGAACACAACAUUAGCUCCACUAAACACCACUUCUAAAACUCCAAAUACUACACCAUCAGCUCCAAAUACAACCAUCGCCAUGACAACCCGGGGUAAUACCACUACAAACUCAUCAACACCCAUCAUUCCACCAGUGAAUCCCACAACAGCUUCCCCAAAGUACACCACCACAGCUGUUACAACAACCACCGCAGCGCCCAACACCACAGCAGCUAGUAGUGAAGAGCAGGCCAAUCAGCUGCUGGAUCUGACUAGUAACGUGUCCAAGCUCAACUCCUCCCAGGUGGACCAGCUGGUGUCCCAGCUAGAGGCCCUGCUGGCCGGACCCAAUGUCAGCCUGGGUCUGGGGAAAACCUCUGUCAAAAUCGUUAGCAACCUGCUGGGUGCCUCCUCUGACACCCUGGCCUCCUCCUCCACCAAGAUCAUUGGGAUUGUUGAUACGGUGGGCCUGAAGCUGGUCGUUCAACAAGAGGCUACCAUUUUAACCAAGUCGGUUGCUGUCGCUAUCAAAACAGUGGACGGCACUAAUUUCCAGCAAACAUCUUUCUCCAUCCCGGACCCCAACAAUGUGCAGAUCCGUGGAGAUGGCAGAGCCAGGAGAAGUGUGAGAACAGAGGCGUCCUCCCUUCCCCAGGGCUCCGUCACGUUCCCCUCCUCCCUCACAGCGAACCUCUCCCAUGAGCAGCAGCUACAAGCCUCCAGACUCCAGUUCAACUUCUACCAGAAGGCCACUGUGUUCCAGGACCGAGCCUUGGGAGACAGCAGGCUGUACAGUGGGAUACUGGGAGCCAGUGUGGCCAACCUGUCAAUCAAAUCUCUGCAGAAGGACGUGGUGAUCAUCCUGAGAAACACUGAGCCCGUCCCAGCUAAUUUCGUGGUUUCAUGUGUUUUCUGGGACUUUGGCUUGAAUGAUGGCUCAGGAGGCUGGAACCGAAAAGGCUGCUCUGUCAGGAACAGCACAGAAAAUGAGACUGUCUGUGCCUGUAACCAUCUCACCAGCUUCGGUGUGCUACUGGACAUCUCCAGAACGGGCAUAACCAAUCAUCUCCAGGCCACAAUCCUCACCUACAUCACCUACAUCGGCUGUGGUAUCUCCGCCAUCUUCCUCUCCGUCACUCUGCUCACCUACCUGGCCUUUGGGAAACUGCGUAAGGACAUCCCAUCUAAGAUCCUGAUCCAGCUGUGUGUGGCUCUGUUGUUUUUAAACCUGGUGUUCCUGGUGGAUGCCUGGCUGGCCCUCUACCCUGACGCUGUGGGCCUGUGCAUCUCCACCGCCUGGUUCCUGCACUACUUCCUGCUGGCUUCCUUCACCUGGAUGGGCCUGGAGGCCGUCCACAUGUACCUGGCCCUCGUCAAGGUCUUCAACACAUACAUAAAACGCUACAUGCUCAAGUUCUCUCUCGUCGGCUGGGGCGUCCCACUCCUUGUGGUCAUCGUGGUUAUUGCUGUUGAUAAGAACAAUUACGGCCUCGUUAGCUACGGAAAGUAUUCAGAUAACUCCCCUUCAGAUGACUUCUGCUGGCUGAAGAGCAACAUUGCCUUCUACGUAUCUGUGGUGGCCUACUUCUGUGUCAUCUUCCUGUUGAACCUCAGCAUGUUUGUGGUGGUGAUGGUUCAGCUGUGUCGGAUAAAGAGUCAGAACCCCCACAACAUGAGGCACCGUAACGGGCUGCAGGACCUGCGCAGUGUGGUUGGGAUCACCCUACUCCUGGGCCUCACCUGGGGCUUUGCCUUCUUUGCCUGGGGGCCUGUCAACCUGGCCUUCAUGUACCUCUUCGCCAUCUUCAACGCCUUUCAAGGGUUCUUUAUCUUUGUGUUCCACUGCGCUGUGAAGGAGAACGUGAGGAGGCAGUGGAGGACUUACCUCUGCUGUGGUAGACUGAGACUGGCAGAGAACUCAGACUGGAGCCGCACGGCUACACAGAAGACAGAGAAGAAGUCAGUGACCAGAGCCACGUCCUUCCGCUCCGGUAACUCCUCCCAGUUCAACCAUACCUCCAGCUCCUCCUUCUUGACCGGUGACUCCCCAGAGCGGCCCAGUGGAGCAACAGGAAGUCUAUUUGACGACAGAACCAUCACAGCCUUUGAGGAGCUCAACUCAGACGUGGUCCUCAAUGAGGUGAACAGCCAAUUCAGGACUCAGAGUUAGAGAGCAGCCUAAGUCCUGUAAAACACUAGGCCAAGUGUAGGCUGGUAGGGGAGUGGACUUACGUGAGACAGUGUGUUUCAUAGUAUUUUCUAGGUUUAUAUGAAAUAUUUGAAUGUUAAUGCUGCAUUUUGUAGUUUAAUGGACAGACCACACUGAAGAGAUGGGACAUCACUGAAGAUCCAGCAUGCUCAUGGAUUUCGUCCAGUUGACCUACCAAUACUAUCAUGAACUCAUCUGGGCUGGCACCUAUGAUUGUGAAUAUCAAUACAUGUACUGUACUGAAAAGGUAUCUGCAGUAGCACGGAGGAAAAACCCAACUCUUACUGUAGAUCCUCCCGAGCGGCAUCCUAUGACUGCAUACUACAGGGUUUUUAUCGUUUUUCUCAGCAUUCUUCAGAGGCGUGCGCUGACACAUACUAACACUGUCACUUCCUGGUUUGAUUUCAUUUAAGAUAAAGGCAAAGCUCUUUUAUACUGUACUCAGAAUCAAGAUAUUUCCAUGAGAUAUAUUAUGUGUAUAUAUUUUAAAGAGGCAUCAAAACAAUGGGUGUAUAAUUAAACAUUAUUUCACCAAUAACAAUUGUAUAAAUAAAAUGAAAUGUUUUAUUUUAAGCUAA